AUGCCAAGAAGGUCACCAUUUCUGCUCCCAGUAAAGAUGCUCCCAUGUUUGUUUUCGGUGUUAACAAGAACGAAUAAUGCUAGUUGCAACACCAACUUCCUUGCCCCACUUGCAAAGGUUAUAUAUGACAUGUUUGGCAUUGUUGAGGGUCUCAUGACCACUGUCCAUUCCAUCACUGUCACCCAGGAGACUGUUGAUGGAACAUCAAGAAAAUAUUGGAGAGGUGGAAGAGCUGCUUCAUUUAACAUCAUUCCCAGCAGUACUGAAACUGCUAAGGCUAUCGGCAAAGUGCUUCCUGCUUUGAAUGGAAAGUUGACUGGUAUGUCAUUAUGUGUCCCAAUUGUGGAUGUCUCAGUUGUUGACUUUACAGUGAGGCUUGAGAAGGCUACCACCUAUGAUGAGAAGCAGAAAACCAAUUAA